CGUCCAUCGUUGCUUCUGCAAAGCUCGACUCAGAACGGGAUGGCGAGGGCGGACUCGUCGAAAGAUGCCGGAGUGGGCGUGAAGGCGCAUACAAACGGCGCGCCGACGAACUUCGAGCUGCCAUGGGUGGAAAAGUACCGCCCAGUCUUCCUGGACGACAUUGUCGGCAACACCGAAACUAUCGAGCGUCUCAAGAUUAUUGCCAAGGAUGGCAACAUGCCGCAUCUCAUCAUUAGCGGCAUGCCCGGCAUAGGCAAGACAACAUCCAUCCUCUGCCUAGCUCGCCAGUUACUAGGCGAUGCGUACAAGGAAGCUGUGCUCGAAUUGAACGCGAGCGAUGAACGAGGCAUAGACGUGGUCCGCAACCGGAUCAAGGGUUUCGCGCAGAAGAAGGUCACGCUUCCGGCAGGCCGGCACAAGAUCGUGAUACUUGACGAAGCCGACUCAAUGACCUCGGGCGCACAACAAGCACUGCGGAGAACGAUGGAAAUCUACAGCGGAACGACCAGAUUCGCGUUUGCUUGCAACCAAAGCAACAAGAUCAUUGAGCCGCUGCAGUCGAGAUGCGCCAUCCUCCGAUACUCACGGCUCACGGACGCCCAGGUAGUGAAGCGGUUGUAUCAGAUCUGCAAAGCGGAGAACGUAGAGUACAGCGACGAUGGUAUCGCUGCGCUUGUGUUUAGUGCGGAAGGCGACAUGCGGCAAGCGAUCAACAAUCUGCAGUCCACCUUCGCUGGCUUCGGCUUUGUGAGCGGCGAUAACGUCUUCCGAGUGGUCGACAGCCCGCAUCCUGUCAAAGUUCAGGCCAUGUUGAAGAGCUGCCAAGAGCAGAAGGUCGACGAGGCACUGGACUCGCUGCAGGAGCUUUGGGGUCUUGGUUAUUCAUCUCACGACAUUAUAACGACCAUGUUUCGCGUGACGAAGACUCUACCCAGCUUGUCCGAACACAGCAAGCUCGAAUUUAUCCGCGAGAUUGGCUUCACGCAUAUGCGCAUCCUGGAGGGCGUGCAGACAUAUCUGCAGCUGGCAGGCUGUGUAGCGAAGUUGUGCAAGCUGAACAUGAAGCCGCAGCUUUUCGUCUUGCCGAAGUAAGCUCGGCAACGCAGCUUAUAUUCGUGAUUUAAUGGGCUUAGCAUGGCGUUGGUGGCAUGGCAUGUAGAGCAAUGUAGCGUACGAAUGCAAUGCGGCCAAGAAUUGUCUCGGGCGCACUUGUGUGUCUGCAAUCUUUGCUUUCGC